AUGCCUAAACAAUAUGCGGCUCCAGCCAAGGCGAUCUCGACGCUCUCCGGUGGCGCCGCCACCGCCGCCGCCCCGCGCAGCCUCUUCCGCCACCCUAAGCGCGACGACGAGGAGUACCCCAGCGAGGAGUGCAUUGACAAGUGGGUCGGCAAGGCGUGGAGUCUCGUAUACGACCCGGACAUGCAGGAGAACUGGUCCGGCUCGUGCUACGACAACCCGGACGAAGGGCGCGAGGUCAUCAAUCGCAUGGGCCAGGUGCUGGCCAAGCACUCGACGGGGACCACGUACGUGCUGAUGAAGCCCGGGAAUGCGCCCAGGGCCUUCUGGCUCCGGGAAGAGUACCCCGUCCUCGCAGGCAAGGGCAUCACUAUUACUACGGUCAAUGAGGAUGACACUAGCAAGCGGAAGACCUAUGUAACUCACAAGAACCCGUAG